AUGGUUGGUGGUCCUCGAACUGUCGCGAUUCCUGAUACAUACGUCACUUCACUCGAUAGCCCUAUCCGUGUUUCCAACUUCCCGGACUUGGCAUGUGGAGUUACGUCUGUCCAGGUUGUAACGCUGAACCGACCCGACAAACUGAAUGCGAUUACAAGAGGCAUGAUUGAUUCUCUUAUUGCCUUCUUUUCGACUGUCGAUGUGGAUGACCGAGUCAAGGCCGUAAUCUUAACAGGCGCAGGCAGAGUAUUUAGUGCCGGAAUUGACCUGACUGGAGACUUUAGCCAGGAGAAAGACAAAUUGCGGCCCACUGAGAUGCGCGAUCCAGGAGGCACACUGGCACUUUCGAUGUUCAAUUGUAGCAAGCCCAUUAUAGUGGCGUACAAUGGCCUCUCUGUAGGGAUCGGCAUGAAAUCAACUCUAGCGGCGACUAUUCGUAUCGCGCCGCGUAAUUCAGAAUUCGGAUUCCCUUUUUCAAGGAUUGGCCUUACAAUGGAGUCGUCUAGCUCUUUUUUCCUCCCGCGUAUGGUUGGAUAUAGCAAUGCUACAUAUUUGUUAGCAACAGGAAAACGAUAUCCCGCACAUUCACCUAUCCUCCACGGCAUCUUUGCAGAGCUUCUUCCCGAACCUAAGGACGUUCUUCCCCGCGCCCUUGAACUUGCACAGGACAUUAUCUCGAACGUCAGUACCAUGGCAAUUCACCUGAACCGGCAACUCAUUUGGCGGAACCCUGGUUCCGCAGAAGGCGCACACUUGGUCGAUAGCCCUCUGUUAUACGACAUGUUUGGCGGAAGGGAUCAUCUUGAAUUCAAGAAAUCUUUCUUUGAGAAGCGUCAACCAGAAUUUACAGAUACAUUAUCAAGGAAUGCGCCUCGUACAUACCCUUGGUGGAGCGAAUUAUCUGUGGAGACUAGGCCAACUGCUCAAAUGGCCCCAAGGGGAAAACUGUAA